AAUUGAAGCUCCAAUGUGGGUGGAUCUCACAUCAGAAGUCAACUCAAACAAGCAAGAUCGUGAUGAUGACUGGUUCUACACAAGCCACUUGUUCCACCAGUGUUCUUCUCGUGAGUUGAAGAUUGCAUUUUCUCAUUCUGGGGAGGAGGGUACGGGGUUAAACUUUGACUUGCUGGGACAAUCUUCGCCCAAGCUUCCAUCUUCUGUGUCUAGGUCGAGAGGCAAACACUACGUGAGCAAGAAAUGGAGAGGGGACAGCCAGGCUAUUUUGAUAGAUAAGCGACACCCUGUCAAUGCUCUGAGUGGCACAUCCUCCUGUGUGACUUCAGAAUCUGGUAAUAAUGUGAAAACCAAACCAAGCUAUGCACUUCUGAGAGGAACUUCCCGUUCAAAGACGAGUUGGGUUUGUAAUAGCAGUUCUACUGGAAAUGGCUUACCAAGUUGCUCUCAGCCAAUAUCUUCUUGUGGGGACUCAACGUCUGCUUUGGAUUCUAUGGUAAAGAAAGCAGAUGAUAGAACUACAGCAAGCACAAUUACACAAGAGAGUGACCAGCAGCAACAGCAGAAUAUGGGAAAAUCUAGUAACCCCUUAAAGUCAAGCAAGAGAGCGCCUGUCAUUCAUAAAGACUAGUAUGAGGAAGAGCUUUGUUACAAGAAAAGCAUCCAGAGUAGAGAUCAAUGGCGAUAGAAGACAAUCAAGGGGAUGCAACUCCUCAUCCGGAAAGUCUAGUGUUGGGUCAUCAUCAAAUCCUUGUUAUGAUGUCAAGAGCUCAACAUCUACAUCAAUGCAAUACAAAGAAAGAACACCAGAUAGCAGAAAUAUGACAAGAAUAAGUACUGCAGCCAAGAACAAAG